AUGUAUAAAAGAUUAUUCAAAUCUACUAGUAAUAUACUUCUAGCCAAUUCAAGAAGAAACUCACAACUUAUAAGGACAUGUACAUCCUAUAAUUCAUCCACAUCAACAAUUAAACAAGUUGCAAAUUAUUCAACUAUAAAAACAGUUCCUUUCACAGCAGAUACAUACUCAUCAAAAGUAUCAAGAGAUUCCAAAUUUAAAAAUUUAGAAGAAUCAGAUUUGAACUUUUUUAAAUCAAUAUUACCAGAACAUAACAUAAUACAUAAUAAUGAAAAUGAUUUAUUAUUUUAUAAUGAAGAUUGGAUGAGAAAAUACAAAGGUAAAUCAAAUUUAGUAUUAAAACCUAAAACAAAAGAACAAGUUUCUCAAAUUUUAAAAUAUUGUAAUGAACACAAUUUAGCAGUUGUACCACAAGGUGGAAAUACUGGAUUAGUAGGUGGAUCUAUUCCAAUUUUUGAUGAAAUUAUAAUAAAUACAAGUUCAAUAAAUCAAAUUAGAUCUUUUGAUCCAGUAAGUGGAAUAUUAAAAGUCGAUGCAGGGGUAAUAUUAGAAAAUGCGGAUCAAUAUUUAAGAGAACAAGGAUAUAUUUUCCCCUUAGAUUUAGGUGCAAAAGGAUCUUGUCAAAUUGGUGGUAAUGUUGCAUGUAAUGCAGGUGGGUUAAGAUUAUUAAGAUAUGGUUCAUUACAUGGAACAGUUUUGGGUUUGGAAGUUGUUUUACCAAAUGGAGAAAUUUAUGAUUCAAUGCAUUCUUUAAGAAAAGAUAAUACUGGUUAUGAUUUAAAACAAUUAUUUAUUGGAUCUGAAGGAACUUUAGGUAUAAUUACUGGUAUUUCUAUAUUAUGUCCUUCAAAACCACAAGCUUCAAAUGUUGCAUUUUUAGCUGUAAAAGAUUAUGAAACUGUUCAAAAAGUAUUUGUUGAAUCAAGAAAAGAAUUAAGUGAAAUCUUAUCAGCUUUUGAAUUUAUGGAUUUAAAAUCUCAACAAUUAACUGCUAAACAUUUGGGAAUUGAUCACCCAAUUGAAAGUGGUGAAUAUCCAUUCUAUAUUUUAAUUGAAACUUCAGGAUCAAAUAAAGACCAUGAUGAUGAAAAAUUAGAAACUUUUUUAGGUAAUGCAAUGGAAAAUGGAUUAGUUGAUGAUGGUAUCAUUGCCCAAGAUGAAUCACAAAUUCAAAGUUUAUGGUCAUGGAGAGAAAGUAUACCUGAAGCAAGUACGAUGAAUGGUGGUGUAUAUAAAUACGAUGUAUCUAUCCCAUUAAAAGAUUUAUAUGGAUUAGUUGAAGCAGCAAAUGAAAAAUUAUCACAAGCAGGACUAGUUGAUUUCGAAGACAAUUCAAAACCGGUUGUUUCAGCUAUAGGGUAUGGACACAUUGGUGAUGGUAAUUUACAUUUAAACGUAUGUGUACGUAAAUAUUCACCAGAAAUUGAAAAAGUGUUGGAACCUUUCGUAUAUGAAUGGAUCUCAUCUAAAAAUGGAUCAAUAUCUGCUGAACAUGGAUUAGGAUUUCAAAAGAAAAAUUAUAUUGGAUACUCAAAAAACGAUUUAGAAAUUAAAUUAAUGAAAGAAAUUAAAAAUCAUUAUGAUCCAAAUGGUAUUAUGAAUCCUUAUAAAUAUAUUUAA